AUGCUAAGAACAAGUGCUCAAGAACACAGUGCUCAAGAACAAACACAAUGCUCAAAAAUCGAUUUGUAUGUGUAUGUUUUCGUUUUCGAAAUCGAUAUGUGUGUGUAUGAAUCUGAAAUCCACCAUCGUCUCUUUCCUCCUCUCUGUCUACUCCGAUUACUUAACAUCCGCCCACCACCUCAGGUGGAUUACGUUCUCAGAGAUAACCCUAGAAGGGAGGCUGCAUUAGGGUUUUGCAAAGGAUGUCGUCGGAGAAGGAGGGAGAGGAAGUCGUCGUGGGUGUUCUGUAGUGUUGGUAGUUCAAUGAUGACGAUGCUGCUCACGGAGGUUCCAUAUGCUCCCGCUACCCCAACAUAA